GACAGUGUCCUUAGGUGUCUACACAGUUUGGAAACAAGCAGGCUAAAGCCCCUAUUGUUGACAUUCGGAGAUGCUGAAGAUGUGGAGUGGGCUUCAGAGGAGACUGUGGCAGCAUCGCGUGGUACCAGCAGGGCAGUGUUUCCAGUGUGUGCACGUGAAAGUUGGAGACCGCGCUGAACUCAGCAGAGCCUUCACACAGCAGGACGUGGCUACCUUCUCAGAGUUAACAGGAGACGCCAAUCCUUUGCAUUUAAGUGAAGAUUUUGCAAAGCACACCAGGUUUGGAAAGACAGUUGUGCAUGGAGUUUUGAUAAAUGGACUUAUUUCAGCUCUCCUGGGCACUAAAAUGCCAGGGCCAGGCUGUGUGUUUCUUUCCCAGGAGAUUAAAUUCCCAGCUCCUUUGUAUAUUGGAGAAGUGGUUUUAGCAUCGGCAGAAGUGAAAAGGUUGAAGCAGUCUGUUGCUGUUGUUGAAGUGUCCUGCUGUGUAAUAGAAAGUAAGAAGACAGUUAUGGAAGGCUUGGUUAAAGUUAUGGUCCCAGGAGCUCCUAGAUCCUGAAAUAGAAAUGUAAAGUUGUACGUUCAGACCCUGUACUCUUGCUAUCAGUGACUUCUGGGCAGGUGGGCUGUUGCUCUUCAGGAAGUACACGCAGAAGCCAUGUGUGGGAGAGGAGAUUUCCAGAUUAGUGCGUGGUUUGUCCAGACUUACAUGCAAGAGCUCGUCAUCUACGAGGUUUGGAUUUCUUUUUUCCGAUUAAAAAA